AUGAAGCUCUCAAUACAAAUAAAAAUAGUUGUUGUUUAUCUCUUGACAAAAACAAACAACCCUUACUCUGAGGAGGAUUUUGUGACAUGUGAGGACGAUGGCUCUGGCACUUCUGAGGAGGAAGUGAUAUUAGCUUGUGGUGCUGAAGCAGCAGAGAGUUCUGGCAACUCUGACAACAUGUGA